AUGGUUUCGUCGUCAUCCCUGGGGCAAUGGGCAGGUGCCGUCCUGGCUACCAGCCUUGUAGGAUCAGCCCUGGCUGCGACCACAGCAGAAUGGAAGUCGAGAUCCGUCUAUCAAACCAUGACAGACCGAUUCGCGCGCACUGACGGCUCAACAACCGCCCCGUGCAACACCACUCAGGGCCUGUACUGUGGCGGUACCUGGCGAGGUACCAUUGACAAGCUCGACUACAUCCAGGGCAUGGGAUUCGAUGCUAUCAUGAUCUCCCCCGUCGUAGAAAACAUCGAGGGCCGCGUGUCCUAUGGAGAAGCUUACCAUGGCUAUUGGCCCCUGGAUCUGUACUCCCUCAACUCGCAUUUCGGUACCCACCAGGAUCUGCUCGACCUGAGUGAGGCCCUCCACUCUCGUGGGAUGUAUCUGAUGAUGGAUACGGUCAUCAACAACAUGGCCUAUAUGACCAACGGCAAGGACCCCGCCAAGAAUAUUGAUUAUUCUGUCUUCACUCCUUUCAACGACUCCAGUUACUUUCACCCGUACUGUAAGAUUACUGACUGGAACAAUUACACCAACGCCCAGCUGUGUCAAACCGGAGACAACAAAGUGGCAUUGCCCGAUCUGUUUACAGAACAUGAGGUCGUACAACAGACACUGGAAAAAUGGGCCAAAGAAAUCAUCUCCACUUACUCGAUCGACGGCCUGCGUAUCGACGCAGCAAAGCAUGUGGACCCUGGUUUUCUCAAGAACUUUGGCGACGCUAUUGGCUCGUUCAUGACCGGAGAAGUUCUGCAGCGGGAAGUCGACACCAUCUGCGAAUACCAGAACAACUACAUCGGCAGUGUCCCUAAUUACCCCAUCUACUAUUCUGUCAUCAAUGCUUUCACCUUGGGUAAUACUAGCGACCUGGCCAACCAGGUGGAAGUCAUGAAGAAUUCCUGCGACGACGUGACUGCCCUCGCCUCGUUCUCGGAAAACCACGAUCUUGCGCGAUUUGCUAGUAUGACGGAUGAUAUCGCGCUUGCUAAGAAUGUUUUAACCUUCACCAUCCUCUACGACGGCGUUCCCAUGAUCUAUCAAGGCCAAGAGCAGCAUUUGGACGGACCGGGCACACCUGACAACCGUGAAGCCAUCUGGCUCAGCAAAUAUAACACCGACGCCGAGCUGUAUAAGUUGAUCGCGAAACUGAACGCCAUCCGUAAGCACGCCUACAAGCUUGAUCCGAACUACGUCAGUCUCCAAACAUACCCUAUCUUCCGGGGUGGUAGUGAAUUGGGCUUCCGCAAAGGUGUCGAGGGCCGACAGGUGGUGAUGCUCUUGUCCACCCAGGGCACCAAUAGCAGCGCAUACAACCUCACUAUGCCGGUGAGCUUCAACGGAGGCGUGGAGGUUGUGGAUGUGCUCAACUGCGUGAACUAUACGGUCAACCCGCAAAGUGAACUGGUGGUUCCCAUGGACAAAGGCGAACCCAGAGUCUUCUUCCCCACCUCUCUCAUGCCGGGCAGUGGUCUUUGCGGUUACACGUCCGAGAACGUUUCGUUCGUUGAGCUGAAGACCAAGGGCGCGGCGGCUGCGAUGUCUCUCGGUGCCAAGGCCACCGGCAGUGCCGCUCAAGGCGUCUUGCUUUCUGUUCUCCUGUCUAGUCUUGUUGCGGUAUUGUUGUAG